AUGGACUACAUGAUCCCCAACCUCGACUUCCUCCUCCCAACCUUAUCCCAACUUAAAUCACAGGCUGUCUCGCGGCUAGACACGAAUCCAACCACGACGGCUCUCCUCGCUGCAGGCUUCGUUCUAGCGGCUUUCUGGUGUGGCAGUACUUUCCAGAAUAAGAGGAAGUUUGCGCGGAGGAGGAAGGGUCUGCCGCUCCCCCCUGGACCGAAAGGUACACCUCUACUGGGUAACUUGCUGCAGAUACCGCAAGAGCAUUCGUGGAAGGUUUAUGCGGAAUGGAAGGAGGAAUAUGGCGAUAUUAUUUACCUGGAAGCACUCGGUCAACGUAUUAUCGUUCUCAAUUCACUGGAGGAUAUCGAGGCUCUGUUGUCCAAGCGCGCCACGAAUUACUCGGAUAGAGUGUGGAGUCCAAUUAUCGGCUUGAUGCGAGUAACUUGGGGAUUCUCAGUCAUGAACUACGGACAAGAGUGGAGGGAACGACGAAAAGUCUUCCACCAGUUCUUCCAUAACAAUAAGCGGAAUAUCCACCCGGUUAUUGAAGAAGAGAUAAAGGCGACAAUGAAGAAAUUGGGCGCUUCCAGUGAUGGGGGAUCCAUCAUCCGGGAUGAGCUUCGUUCGAUGUUCGGCAUGAUAAUCCUGCGCGUUACCUACGGAUCCUACCCAAAGCAAAGCUCAGGAUCUGACGAACCACCAUUCCUAAGCCAAAUCCUUCCCAAAGCACAAGCCCUCGUUCUAGGUUUCACCGAGUACUCUACUCCAGGCCGACUCCUGGUCAGUACCUUUCCCAGCAUGAGGCUCAUACCAUCCUGGUUCCCGGGUGCCGGAUGGAAGAGGGCCCUCAACGAGCUGGCGGAUUUGAGUGAUUAUGUGUAUGAGAAACCUUGGGAGGAUACCUUGGAGAGGGCGAAAAAGGGCGUUCAGAGUGAAUACCCCAGCUUUUCAACGGAGCUGAUUCAGGAGUUUGCGGAAGAGGGAACAGAGAAACGGAAGAGGCAGGAGCUGGUGGCGAAGGAUGCAGCUGGACAGGCUUAUGCUGCCGGUUCGGACGCUAGCGUUGCCACAGUCUAUGCCCUCGUCUUGGCACUCGCCAUGCACCCCGAAGUGCAACGCAAAGCUCAACGCGAAAUCGACGCCAUUCUCAACACGGACGAAAGACUACCCACGUUUGAAGAUCUGGCGCGACUACCCUAUAUCCAUGCGAUUGUAAAGGAAGUUGAGCGGUGGCAUACCACCGUGCCUUUAGCUGUGCCACAUCUGUCGACGCGGGAUGAUGUCUACAAAGGAUAUUUCAUUCCCGAAAAGACCAUUAUCAUGCCUAAUACCUGGGCGGUAAUGCACGAUCCGACGCGGUUCCCUGAGCCCGAUUCCUUCAAGCCCGAACGAUACCUGACCAAAGACGGGAAGAUUGUCACCUCCGUUUUAGACUCGGAAGACGUCGCAUUUGGCUACGGACGACGAAUCUGCCCUGGUCGGGAAAUGGCUUCGGAUACACUGCUCCUCCUAGCACUGAGCCUCCUAGCUUGCUUCGACAUCAAACCAGGAGUAGACAAGGCCACUGGGACCAGAAAGAAACUGAAGAUGGAAACCCCAACUGGUUUGAUCGCGAUGCCCAUGCCGUUCGAUUGCGAGGUUACGCCUCGUUCACCGAAACACUUGAGUCUACUGAAGACCCUUUAA